GUUUACCUGAUCCGGUUUCGACUUUCCAUUGCACUUCGAAGUUUCAUAUUGCGCGAGGCCGAUAACUUCACGGGCGUUAAACCUCUGAAAGGUACAAACGCAAGCACAAGCAUUGCUUAGUUGCGCCCACGCCAGAUCCCAUAGUAGAGUCCCCUCCUUCUAUUUCCAUGGACGAAACCCUAGCCACAGCGCCAGAAACUUCCGAAGCGCCAGCUUCUAAUGCCGCUGCUGAAGACGAAGAGAAGAACAACGGUGAAUAUGAACCCAUGCGUCAUGCAGCUGAAAACCCCGAUGUUUCCGAUUCCGAUUCCGAGUCUGAGUCUGAUGCCUCUGAUUCUCAGUCCGAUUCCGACGACGAAGCUCAGCAGAACCUCCAACUCCAGACUCUCGAGGCUGAGCUCGCUGCUAACCCCUCCAACUAUGAUGCUCAUGUGCAAUAUAUAAAACUACUGAGGAGAAUGGGGGACAUUGAAAAGCUGAGAAGGGCAAGGGAAGCUAUGAAUGAACUGUUUCCAUUGAGCCCUGCAAUGUGGCAGGAAUGGACCAAAGAUGAGGCUUCUCUCAAUAAUGGACCUGAGGCUUACUCUACAAUUCUGAAGCUUUAUGACCUUGGGGUGUCCGAAUAUCUGUCUGUCUCUUUAUGGUGUGAUUACAUUAAUUUUGUCCAAGAGUGUGAUCCGAUGGUGCGGGAAUGUUCACCUGCUGGAAUAACCAAGGCAAGGGACUUGUUUGAGCGUGCUCUUACUGCAGCUGGUUUGCAUGUCACAGAAGGCAAUAAAAUAUGGGAAGCAUAUCGGGAAUUUGAGCAGGCUAUACUUCUUACCAUUGAUGAGACUGACAUAGAGGCAAAAGAUAAACAGGUUCAAAGAAUCCGAAGUUUAUUCCACCGGCAGUUGUCUAUUCCCCUUGCUGGUAUGGGUUCAACAUUGAUUGCCUAUAAGGCUUGGGAGGUUGAACAGGGUAAUUUUCAUGAUGUGGAGUCUAGCGAUGUAGCUGAGAUCCAUCCUCAUGUUGCCUCUUCAUAUCAAAAGGCAUUGGAGAUGUACAAAGCCCGUGUUCAUCUUGAAGAACAUAUUACUAGCCACAAUCCUGACUCAGAAAAAUUACAACACUACAUGAAUUAUGUGAAAUUUGAACAGUCUUCUGGAACACCAUCCAGAGUCUUAGUUUUAUAUGAGCGAGCUGUUACAGACUUGCCGAUAGCAUCUGAUCUCUGGCUUGAUUAUACUUGGUACUUGGACAAAACUUUAAAGGUUGGCAAUGUUGUAACCAAUGUUUAUACCAGAGCCACUAGAAACUGUCCAUGGGUUGGAGAACUUUGGGUUCGAUAUCUGCUUUCGUUGGAGCGUGGCCGUGCUUCUGAAAAAGAGAUAGCAGCAGUCUUUGAGAAAUCCCUGCAAUGUACCUUUUCGACCCUUGAUGAGUAUCUUGAUUUAUUUCUCACUCGAGUAGAUGGCUUAAGGCGGAGAAUAGCAUGUUCUGGUGAAGAGGGCCUUUUGGAAUAUCAAAUUAUAAGGCAGACCUUUCAGCAUGCCUCAGAUUACCUGUCACCACAAUUGAAGAAUACAGAGGGUUUGGUGCGUUUACAUGCUUAUUGGGCCCACUUGGAAGCUAAACUUGGAAAAGAUAUAACUGCAGCUCGUGGAGUCUGGGAGAAUCUUGUCAAGAUAUGUGGUUCAAUGUUGGAGGCGUGGAAAGGGUAUAUAACAAUGGAAAUUGAACAUGGUCACAUAAAUGAAGCUAGGUCCAUAUAUAAGAGAUGCUACAGUAAGAGGUUUUCUGGGACUGGCUCUGAGGACAUAUGCCAUUCAUGGUUACGUUUUGAGAGGCAGUUUGGUUCCUUGGAGGAUUAUGAUCAUGCCUUACAAAAGGUUAACCCUCGUCUGGAAGAGUUACAACUAUAUAGGAUACAGCAAGAAUCCAAGUUGAUAGAGGACAAAGAACAUCAUCCUAAAAGAAAUGUUCGUGACAAGAGAAAGUUGGAGCCUGACAUAACUGAUGAGCAGUCUCCAGCAAAGCGACGAAAAGAAGUUGGUAAGAACUCGAAGAAAGUUCCUGAGGAAAACAAAGGUGAAGAGCAGAACUUUCCACGGGCAAAAAAAGAGGAAGAGGUCAAUGAGAAGAUUAACAAAUCUGAAGACGCAAUGAGACAACAGUCUACCUCUGAAAAAAGCAGGGCCUACUCAGAUCAGCGCACAGUCUUUAUAUCAAACCUGAAUCUUACGGCAAAUUAUGAGCAUAUUCGUGAUUUCUUCAGUGAUGUUGGCGGUGUUGUUGCCAUUCGUAUUCUACAUGACAAGUUCACUGGAAAAUCAAGGGGACUGGCCUACGUGGAUUUUUUGGAUGAAGAGCAUAUUGCAGCAGCAGUAGCUAAGAACAAGCAAAGGUUACUUGGGAAGAAGCUAAGUAUUGCUCGGUCUGAUCCAAGUCGAGGCAAAAAGGAAUCUUUUGGUCAGAGAAAUUCGAAAGAACAAAGACGUAGCACUGAUCGAUCUGGUCAAGCAGGUUCCGCAUCCAAAGAAAGUGAUGAUACCUCGAAGGAAGCCAAGUCUGGUACUGGAAAGCCUGGGGGUGACAACAUACAGAUCAGGGGGAAGAACACUUUCGCAGUGCCUAGAAAUGUGAGAGCACUUGGUUGGGCUUCGAAUAAGCCCAAUUCUGAAGAGGAUGAAAAGCCCAAAUCCAAUGAUGAAUUCAGGAGAAUGUUCAUUAAAAAAGAGUAGGUUUUUCUUGGGCCCAAAAUCUCGCUAUGAAGAUGCCAAUUAUCUUUUAAAAUGCUUUGGGAUAUGAGUUGUGUUUCUUGAUGUAUAUUUCAGCAUUGAUGUACGAGAAACUGGUUUGAUUGAUCUUCAAGAUUUCCCCCCUUGGGUCUUAUGUAUCUUAAAGAACUAUUGAGGGAAUAUACGUAUUCUUGCCUGUGCCCCUCA